ACCUAAAACAAAACCUAAAUCUUCAGCACAGCACUCAUGCAACUGUGAUCACGAAGUAUUAUUUUAAGUAUCUGCAAGUGUAAUUAAAAGUCUUUAACCUUAUUCUCUAAGUACAGCAUGCAUUAAGAUUUGCAAACAUUGACCUCUUAAAAAAUAUUGGUAAUAUUGUAUAACGAGUGAACAUGUCGUUAACAAAUCUUCAUCGUAUCGUUGUUCAGCUAGUUGCCCGGCAUCCAGUUCUUGAUACAGCAAGGACUUACAGCCGAUGGGCUCACAGAAGUCCAGCUAAAGUAAUCUUGCCUUAUGAGCCAAACUCCGAAGUAAGUUUGAAGAAGGAAAAGAUAAUUUCCUUAGAUCCUGAGAAGUUCAAUAAACCAAAAGAAAGCAAUAAAGAAAAGAUUUCUGCAACAAACAGUGCUCAAAAAGAAACAUCAACUCAACUAACAAAUCAGCUAUCUCCUGAAAAAUCAAAAGAAAUAAAGCAAAAAAGAGAUGAGAUAAUGAAAAAGCGGAAGUUCUAUCUAAGUCAGGCUAAAGUGUUUGAUGAUAACAAUGAAAUUAUGUAUGAAAAAUUGAAAGACAAUGAUGGAUGGUUAAGUUCCCUUCUCGUCAAAUUAAAAUCAAAGAAGGACAAAAUGCGCAGUGGACAAAUCCUUGUAGAAGGUUGGCGAUUAAUAAUUGAUGGUCUCGAGGCCAAGUGUCCUCUAAAGUAUGUGAUCUUUAGUAACACGGAGGAUCUGCAUCAUUUAAGACCAUUCUUACCAAAGACUGGAGUUAAAUUGUACAAGACUUCUUAUAAGGAGAUAUCAAUGUGGUCUAAUGUGGAGACACCUCCUGGGAUAUUCGGUAUAUUUGAAACACCUACACCACAAACUGUGAAAAGGUUCUCAAAGCCAUUACCAAUGCAGAUCAUAUGCGACCAAGUAAGAGAGCCAGGAAACUUGGGGGCCAUACUGAGAGUGGCUGUGGGAUCUGGUUGUGAACAAGUAUUGUUGACAAAAGGGUGUGUUGAUGUCUGGGAUCACAAAGUUGUAAGAAGUGGCGCUGGUGCUCACUUCCGGCUACCAAUCUACACAUCCCUAGGCUGGGAAGACUUGCCUAAACAACUUCCAGAGCACACUUCAGUUGUGAUUGCUGACAGCAAUGCUAAGUUCGACUUAGAUGUUGAGAUACCUAAUGAGGGAAUUGCGAGCAAACUUCCAGUUUUGCCUUAUUAUGGAGUUGAUUAUGCCUCCUUGGGUCAUGUGACUUUGAUAAUUGGUGGAGAAACUGAGGGCAUUAGUGAGGACAGCUACAGGUUGGCAGCUACCCAGAAUGGUUUGCGGCUCAACAUCCCUCUCCAAAGAGGUGUUGACAGCUUGAACACCGGCAUGGCGGCGGCGGUCAUCGCCUUCGAAAUCCGAAAGCAAUUCAUACAGGCCUUUAGGAAAGCCAAGGCGGACAAACAGGCUGUCCAAGUAACUUAAACAAUUUAAUUUCAUGUAGAAUUCAGUGAUAGUAAAGUAGUAAAUAUAUGCCUAUUCA